GCUGCCGGCACCGAAGAAGAGAAGGACGCAGGAACUAAAUCUGGAGCACCGAUGUUGUAGAGCCAGCGUUAGUUAAACACAACGUGAAUGUCUUAUGUCGUUUCAUUAGGGGUUGUGGUUUUUUUAGAAUAGCGUUGGGUUUGUGUGUUUAAUGUGACGUUUUGUGUCGGAGGGGUGUGUGCGCGGGCUGGUGUCCUCAGCGAGCCGCAGCGUCCCAUAGAGCCGCCCUAGCAUCCUUAGCUAACUUGUUAGCUUGCUGACAUCAAAACAGAUCGAUUUUUUUUUUUAAGAUGAAUUUCGUCAAAAACAGAACUUUGCACCCACACCUGCGCGAUGAGGAGAUCGUGCUGGUGGAAAACGCCAUCCGACUCGCGAUAGACUCGAUCGUCAACGUGAUGUGCGGCGUCGACGGCGCCAGGACUCGCGAGUACCAGCGGACGGUGGCGCACAGGGACAAAGAGAUCCAGCGGCUGGAGGGCAGGCUGGGGGAGAUCGAGCACGAACUGCAGGUGCUCCGCCGACAGGGAUGCACCUGCGAGCUGUUUGGGAACGAGCACAGCCUCCUCGGGUCCCAGGCCUCCGGUGACCGGCGGGGGGGAGAGCAGAGGGGGUUUGAACCAGGCUGCAUGGACGCUGAGGUGACAGCAGGGCCGCAGGAGUGUGACAUGAGCAUUUCCUUAGGUCUUUUUGCAAGACCCCGCUCACAUGUCUCCUCCCGAAGUCACGGGUCGGCUCCUCCAUCGUCCCCCAGCAGAAUGUGCCUGGACCAGGCCUGCACCCCCCACUCCUCAGAGGCGUCAGGCGUUUCAGAGGCAGCCAGGAAUCCGCCUGCAUCUCCCAGCAGCCUUGUGGUCAAAGAGGAGCCGUGCGACAUCGACGCAGUCUUAAUCAAGUGGGAAAUGAGUGAGGAGAGAUUCGGGAAGCAUCAGGAGUGCACAGGCAGCCCGUGUCGGGACGAAGAGGGCCUCGCAGUAAAAAAAAAACAGGAGAACAGAGAGAGAGAAGGGUUCCGGGAGGAACUCCAAGCCGACCCAGGCAGACACCAAAUGACAGAGGGAGAACACCUGAGGAACAAGAAGAAGGGCGUGCCGAUGUCCGAGCUGCCGGAGGAGGCUCAGAGACUGAAGAGGGCCGCCUGGAGAGCAGCGUCAAGGCGGUAUUACGCCCGGAAAAUCGCCCGGCAACAGCCACACCCCUCACACCACCCUGACCCCCUCCCCCACAUUUCUGCUUCGCAGUAUUCACCGCCUCUCUCCUUCAUGGAUCAGAGGCAGACGCUGAUAUCUCAUUUACCCGAGGAGUCUCAGGUGCUGCAGAGGGAGGCGUGGAAAGCCGCGUCCAGGAGGUACUAUGCUCGGAAGGUCAUCCGCCAACACGUGGACCCUGCACAGUACGGACACCUGCUCCAGAACGCGGAGCCGUCCGGAGAGACACGAGAACCCAACAGAGCAGGAUCCCACACCAACAGUGAAGGAAUCACAUGCAGCUGAUGGAGAUUCAUGCACAUUUAAAAAUUUCUCCCAUUGUGUUGUGUAGAACGCUGGACUGUGUGAGUGAUUGCAUUUUGGUGGAUUUGUACUGAUGAUGUUGAUAUGUCUCAGGUGUAAUGAUGGUUCGAAUUGCUUGAACCUUGUUUCAACUUAAAUCUUUGAACAGUUUUUUGUGUUUCUUCAUAGUUGAAUUAUACAACAAAUGUUCCAAAGAACAACACUGCAUUGACAUCACUUUGGCUAUAACUCUUCCUAUUCAUGACAGUCUUCUUUGGCAACACACGGCAUGCCUGUAGAAAAUGCAAAGUGCAUCAAUGUAUACUGAGGUAAUUAUAAAGCUUUUAUCAUUACUCAUCAGUGCCCCUGGAGUCCAAUGUCUGCAACUACAAUCAGCUGCAAUGGUCAAAUUAUAAGACCAGCAUCUUUGUAUUAAGACAUUUUUUGUUACUGUUAAAAGCUAAAUGUGUUUGGUUCUUUAUUUAAAAAAAAAAUUUAAUAAUAAAAAACAGGAUGGUUUCAGUAAA